AUGAGAGGCUCUUUCUUCCUCGGCGUCGCUCUUUUGGGCGCGGCGAAUGCUAGUGUCGUGGACUUAAGUCGUCACCAGCCACGGGACGCCAAACACUUACCCCGGGCCUACAGUGACCCAGUAUUCCAUGAGGCUAGAAGCUUCGCUGAAAGGGCUGACCUCUCUUCCAAGCCGCAAGCCGCUACUGCUGGUGAGGAUGGGGGGGACGAUGAUCAGGAUUCCGUUAAGUCCCCUGCUUCCGAUUCUUCCUCCUCAGGUGGUGGCUCUUCGGGGAAUGCCAACAAAGGAACUUCUCAGAACAAUGCUGCUACUGCUCAGCCUGAGUCUGGUAAAUCCCGAUCCCAAGGCAGUGGUGGUGGCGGUGGCUCAGGAAGAACCAGCAAUAAUGAUGCUGCUGCUCAACCUGAUUCCGAUUCCGAUGGAUCUCAAGGCGGCGGUUCAGGAAGAACCAGUAAUAAUGCUGCUGCAGAUCAGCUUGAGUCUGGUAAAUCUCAAUCCCAAGGCAGUGGCUCAGGAAGAACCAGCAAUAAUGAUGCUGCUGCUCAACCUGAGCCUGAUACCUCUGGAUCUGGAGAUGGUUCUUCUGGCAACAGAAAACAAAAUUCUGCCACUUCUGCGCAGUCUAACUCUGACGAUUCUUCUUCGAGGGACGACACUUCUGGCAAUGGGGAUCAGGGUAAUGCUCAAAACAAUGCUGCUUCUCAUCACUCUUCCGAUUCUUCAAAUCAACAGGACAAUACUUCAGACAACACUGAGCAAGAAGAUCCUGUAGUCUCUUCUCCCUUAAGAGGUAACAACAAUGGUGGUCAACAAGACACUGCCGAGGCUGCCGCUCCCACAGACGAUUCUGAGCCUCAAGCCCCAGCCCGAUUUCAAAAACCUAAACAGAAUUGGGCAACCUCUCGGCCAACCCAACAGUACCCUACAUAUCAGCCACCCCAGCAGUGGCCUACAUCCAAGCCAACCCAGCAGUGGCCUACAUCCAAGCCUACCCAGCAGUGGCCUACAUCCAAGCCAACCCAGCAGUGGCCUACAUCCAAGCCUACCCAGCAGUGGCCUACAUCCAAGCCUACCCAGCAGUGGCCUACAUCCAAGCCUACCCAGCAGUACCCUACAUCCAAGCCAACCCAGGGAUGGUCUACCUCCCAGCCAACUACAUGGCCAACUUCUAGGCCUACUCAACCGACGUCCAUGCCAACGCAGCCAACUUCCAUGUCCACCCAGCCAACUUCCAGGCCAACUCUACCUACAACCACUGAAUCUGUACCUACGACUACCAAGUCCAUGCCCACGACUACAGAGUCUGUGCCCACGACUACAAAGUCUGUCCCUACAACCACCAAGUCCAUGCCCACGACUACAGAGUCUGUGCCCACGACUACAAAGUCUGUGCCUACGACUACAGAGUCUGUCUCUACAACCACAAAAUCUGUAUCAACAACGACUUUGACCACUCAGACUGUACCGACAACCACCAAGUCCAUGCCCACGACUACAGAGUCUGUCCCUACAACCACAAAAUCUAUACCAACAACGACUCUGACCACUCAGACUAUCCCUACAACCACCAAGUCCAUGUCCACGACUACAGAGUCUGUCCCUACAACCACCAAGUCUGUGCCCACGACUACAAAGUCUGUCCCCACGACUACAGAGUCUGUCCCUACAACCACCAAGUCCAUGCCCACGACUACAGAGUCUGUCCCUACAACCACAAAGACUGUACCAACAACGACUUUGACCACUCAGACUGUACCGACAACCACCAAGUCUGUGCCCACGACUACAAAGUCUGUGCCCACAACUACAGAGUCUGUCCCUACAACCACCAAGUCUGUGCCCACAACUACAAAGUCUGUGCCCACGACUACAAAAUCUGUACCAACGACUUUGACCACUCAGUCUGUACCUACCACCACUGUGAAGACAGAGACUACGACCAAGCCUACUAAGCCUAUCACUGUCACUACUACUACCGAGUUGACAUCACAGCCGACCAAGACUACCACUGUCACCAAGUCCAGGUUGACUACUGAGUAUACUACCGAGUACACCACUUCAACUGUCUACUCCACUACAAUAUACACUAUCACAGAGUGUGCUCCUUGGGUUAACAACUGUGGCUACAUUCCUUAUGAAACAACUGAGAUCAUCCCGAUUUACACCACUAUUUGUCCUAUUGAUUAUGAGCCAACUCCAGAGCCUCAGUGGACUACCUCGACUGUGUACACCACCUAUUAUCGAACUGUCACAGAAUGUGAGCCUUACUGCCCCGAGGAACCAUACAUAACUACGGAAAUUGUUCCCAUCUACACUACUGUCUGUCCCAUCACUGAGGUGGCCCCUGCCCCUACCGCUCAUUACGAACCUGACGAAUGCGUGAGUGAGAAACUCAGUACCAGCUGGUCCGCUUCCACUGUCUACACAACCAAAGUCAAGACCAUGGAUGAUUGUGCUUGGGAUGAUGACUGGUGCGAUUACGGUACUCCUUACGUCAAAACCGAAACUAUCGCUCUCUCAACCACUCUCUGCCCAGAGGUCAAGACGGAAUACGUGCCUUGUCCGACGUAUCAUCCUCCGUCUCCACCUGUUGUUGUCACUUCCACUUCAACUUACACUUACUACACUACCGAGUAUUAUACCAUCACUGCUUGUGCAGAUGUAGUACCCUACUGUGCUAUUGGCCACAAGACCUCGACUGUAUACGCCACGGCCACAACCUGUUAUACUUACACUUACACCACAACUGUUCCCGAGACUAAAUACACAAGGAUUGUGCCUCCUCCGUUAACUGCUUCCACCGUUACAGUUACCACAGGAACUGACUACAGUAGCAAGACAAACAAUGUCUACCACUCCACAACUGAGACCUGGGCGACUUCUACCUAUGCAACCCAGUCAACUGAGACUUCUACGCGAAUGACUCAAUCGAUGCCAAUUUAUCCUACGUCAGUUGAGCAGUCUACAUCCAUCGAAAAGCCCACUUCUAUGCAGCAGCCCACAUCUGUGUAUCAGCAGCCUACGUCUGUCGAACAACCCACCUCUGUACAACAGCAACCGACGUCGGUUUAUCAACCUCCUUCUGAGCAGCAGCAACCUACAUCUGUGCAACAACAGGCUUCUGACAAUGCACCUGAGUCGAUGCAAACUGCUCCUGCUGCUGUGGAGUCUUCUGGUUCAGACUCUUCUGGCAAAGAUGCCUCUGGCUCAGACUCUGGCAAAGACUCUUCCCCCUCUCAUUAA